UCGUCUGGCUCGCUCAUCCACCACACACUCUCUCUCUCUCCCUCCGAUUCUGGAUCCCCCCUCUAAAUCUCUGCCUGCGUGCGUGCGUGCUUGCUUGCUUACCUGCCUCGAUCGUAUUUGCUCUUGGUCCGUCUCUCGGUCUUGGUCCCGGUCGUCGUGGGUGGGGGUGUUCCAGUGACGGGGGCGAUGCUCCCUGUUGAGGUUGGUUUUGGUGGAUGUUGGGAGGUGACAGUAUAGUGAGUGAAUCGUGAGAGCGUGAGGAAAGCGAGCAAGGAAAGUACGGUAGAGCGAGAGAGAGAGAGAGAGAGCAGCAGCAGCAGCAGGGGGGACGAGGGAGUUGGAAGGCCCUGGAGGUGUUCAAGACCCUUGAGGAGUGGAGGAGUGGAGGAUUCUCUCGACUUGUGCUUGGCUGAUGCAGUAACCAUAAUGGGCGUGAUUGGGGAGACUCCCGCAUGGGCUACAUCGCUGGACUGGCAAGCAGAGAGCUUGCCCGCUGUGAAUGACCUCGCAGUUCUGCCUCUGUUCGCGAUCGGGUUUUUCACUGUCCGCUUCUGCCUCGACAAACUAGUGUUCGAGAGAUUGGGGCGGAGAUUUAUUUCCGGAUACACAUCAUCUUUGGAGAUCUCUUCGGAGGAGAUAGAAACUCAGCGCAAGAAGCUGGUCAAAUUUAAAGAGUCUGCCUGGAAGUGCGUGUAUUAUUUAUCUGCCGAAAUAUUAGCUCUGGCGGUCACAAAAGAUGAGCCAUGGUUUACGACGACCAAAUACUUCUGGACUGGACCUGGUGAUCGGUCUUGGCCAGAUCAACUGAUGAAACAGAAGUUGAAGUUUCUGUACGGAUUUGCUGGCGGAUUCUAUACCUACAGCAUCUUUGCCCUCUUGUUUUGGGAGACACGGCGUUCAGAUUUUGGUAUCAGUAUGUCGCAUCAUAUUGCAACGUUGAUGCUGAUCGUAUUCUCAUAUCUUGCCAAAUUAGCUCGUGUUGGAUCUGUGGUCCUGGCUGUGCAUGAUGCUAGCGAUGUAUUUCUAGAAAUAGGGAAGAUGACAAAAUAUAGCGGUCUGGAGAUCAUUCCAAGCAUUUCAUUCCUUUUGUUUGCUAUAUCAUGGCUUGUUUUGCGGCUCAUCAUUUUCCCUUUUAUGAUCAUAAGAAGUACAAGCUACGAGUGCCUGAAAUACUUAGACAGGACUAUGGCGGAAGGGCCUGUAUACUAUUACGUUUUCAACACUUUGUUGAUCACCUUGCAAGUGAUGCAUAUAUACUGGUGGGUUCUGAUCUGGCGUAUGAUAGUUAGGCAGAUUCAAGACCGCGGCAAACUAUCUGAUGACGUCCGCUCUGAUUCGGAUUCAGAUUCAGAUUCAGAUGACGACUCAGACGACGAGGACAAAAACAAAAAAGACUGAGGGUCGACUGUUAUUUCUUUUAGUGCAACAUGUUUUGACACGAGGUUAUAGUGAAAUUAGCCGUAGUUUUCGACCGUCUCACGAUUUUCUCCUACAAGUGGACAAAUUACUUCACCAGUUUUACAAACGCUUCAUGUAAAGAUUUUUAUUCCUUCAAUUUCCCCUCGGGUAAAGAUUUGCUUCUGGUCCCAUGAACAGAAGAAAUCUAGCAGUAGUUUUUCUUUUUGUACUUUUUUUCUUCUUUUUUCUGUCGCAGUUUCAAUUUGUUUGUGUUUUUGGCUAGGUACCUCAUAGCUCAGACCUAGUUUUGAAAGUUAGUCCUGCAGUUAAACAAUUGUUAUAAAAAAAUCAUUUUAAAUUGCA